AUGCGCUGCUUGGCUGCCGUGCCAAAGCCAGACGCCAAGCUGCAGCAACAGUACGAUGCCAUGGGCUUGCCAGACCCGGUGGCCUUCGCACUGCUCACAGCGCUGGGGGCCAUCAAGGAUCCUAUGGACCUGCUCAACGAGAUGAUGAGUUCCCAGGUUGAAGAUGCCGAGGAGCAGAAGGCGUUCUGGAAGACAGGCGCCGCUGAGGCUGCGGACUCAGCGGAGCUUGAGCGCCUGGCUAAGCAGGUCAAAGAAGCUGCUGAGCAGGCGCGGGCCGCCACGGUGGCCGGCGGCCUGGCGGCAGCAGAUGCAGCCGCCAACGCCAACCGGAACGUCGCCCAGGCCUUUGCAGAGGAGGAGGAGCCGCGGCCGGCCCUCGGCACGACCCUGAGCUCUUUGCUUACAGGUCGUGAGAGGUCAGCGCCGGACAGCAGUCUUACCCUGCCCACGACGCUGGACAAGGUGGCAAUCUCCUCGCUUCCUCCCAACUUCAGCGAGGUGCAGCUGCGCUUGGAGUGCGCGCGCUAUGGGGCUAUGACUAUGGCGGUAGUGGAUGGCGGCACAGCGUAUGUGUGCUACAGCUCUUCAGACAUGGCGCAGCUGGCCGUGCGGAAAAUCGCCAAUAAGCCGGGCAUCUUCGGAGGCGAAGUUCAGGUGAAGCUUAUCAGCGAGCUUCCUGAGACUUUGCGGACAGCGCAGCCUGCCCCGAGCUUUUCGGAGGCGCCGCUGAAUCCGGCAGAGCUGCCGGAGUACUUGCGGCCGCGCAGCCGCAGCGUGCGGAAGCGGGCUUCCCGGAGCACGCGGCGGCGGAAGCGCAAGAGCAG